CGUCAAUGACAGAAAUAGUAACCUUACUGAACUAUUUUAUUUUACAAUUUAAUAAAUGUAAUAACUAUAAGUCAAAUAAACUAAUCGUGUCCUUUUGUAAUGCAGAUAAAUCAGGUCACAGUCUGGAGGUUCUGUGAUUCGAUCAUCAGCACACCUUUGCGUAGAUACGCAGCCACCCUUCAGGGUCAUAUAGGGAACAGGAAUAACCGCUUCUGUCUCUUCACUGAAGCAGAAUGAGUGGCGCAGCUGACAGGCCUGAAAAUAUUGAGGACUGGACCAAAGAACAUGUCCGCCAUUGGCUGCUAAGUGAUCUCAAGGUUCCUCAGCAGUACGCUGACAUACUUUACAAUGAGGAUGUUUCAGGUGCUAGUCUGGUCUGCUUUCAGAAAAAUGACCUGGUGGAUUUAGGUGUGAAGCAAGGGCCAGCUGUUCAAAUUGUGAGCAAUGUGAGAAGACUUAGACAGUCUUUCGGAAGACCACAUCAAGAGAAAGCCACAGCUUCUGGCAAAGACAACCACAGAAGUGCAAAUGGCAGAAAUGGUGAGGAAGAGCCCUUUGAAACAAACACACUCACCUCCAGCACUUCAGUGUCGUACCCAAACUCCAGCAGAAGUGUGUCACCCUCUGCAGAGGUGAAGACCUCAACUGUAGUCGCUGAAGGGGAGGCCAACCCAAAACUUUGCACUCAAAAGGACUGUGGUGGAGGAGGGGUUGAGCAGACAUUGGAAAACCUGCAGUCCCUCGAAAGCAAAGUUAUCCAAAAUGAAGCAGCGGAGACAGUUCCCUCCCCUGUCAAGCAGUGCAAGGGCACUUAUGAUAACCCGGCAGGUUCACCAGAAACACAGGAGGCUGUGCAUGGAAAUGUGAUGAAAAGUCAGCCAUUAGCAGUUAAUCCCUCCAAACAAACAGCUUCAAAUUUGGAGCAGCAGAAGUGCCAACCUCGGGCCUUCGACAAAAGCAGCGUGUCACACACAUACACGCAAAAUGAAAUCCUCCCUCCCGAAACAGGUCCUGGCAACCUUCUGGACCCUGAUCAUGAAUACAAGCUGCUAGCCAACACGGCAAAUGCCACGGAAUCAGAAGUACUGAGGAAAUUCACCAAUGAAGUGUUUCGCUUUGCAGCAGCCUGCAUGAAUUCACGCACAAAUGGGACCAUUCAUUUUGGAGUGGGAGAUGCCCCAGAUUAUGCACAUGGGCAGAUAAUAGGCAUCAGAGUCCCUUUACCUCAGAAGUACAUAGAUACAUUUCAUCACCAACUACCAAAGUAUUUUCUGAAACACACAAGUAUAGCCAGAGCGUGCAUCAGGCCACCAACAUUUGUUCGGGUUCUACACCUUGACGAUACAGCCUCAGACCUGUGUGUCAUAGAGGUUGACGUUGUUCCAAAUUAUUCAGAAACUCAGGAGAUUCUUUUUCACACAUCUAUGACAUCUCAAGACAAACAAGGGAAGAAAUGUAAAGAACAGUGUCUUUUUGUACGACAAGGUGCAAGCAGCCUCAAUGUCCUAAAAAAUCCUGGAGAUCAGCAGAACAUGAUUGAUGAUGUUAAGGCUUGGGCUUCUGCAAGGAAGUCCGCAGAAGAAAAUGAUCGCCAGGAACCAAGACAAAGCAACCAAGGACAAAGGCUCAAACAGUUAAUUUCUCAUGGAAGAGACACACUAGAAGAUUCAUUGCACAACAUUGUUGUGACAAACAGGUGCCCUUCAAAUCAACUUGAGCACCUGCAUUUCUUGAAAGAGCUUACACUAUUUUCAGUGUUGGAAUUUGACCCUGAGUCUGAGCUCAAUGGAUCUUGCAGCUUUUUCCGUAAAGACAGAACUGCCAACCUUCACUACCCACGCAUGUACAACACCGGUGACAGUGCAUCCACUAUCAUUGCAAAACUAAAUUUGUUCAGACAACCCAGCUGGGUGUUUUGCAAUGGUCGAACAGACGAAGAGAGUGAAGAUGACAAACCUCUUGACUCUAAAGACUGGUUCAAGAAACGUGCUGGAGAAGUACAAGACUUGAUCACGUUUAUAUGCAGUCCUGAGAUUCUACAAACCGAUAAACUACAGGUCAUAUUCUUGCUCCACUCAAGUGUGGAAAGAAUUUCCAGCCCUUUGCUUGAUACCUUUUGCAUGAUCUACCAGAAAUUGGGAGGGGUAGAGAAUAUGAUGUGCAUAUGCAGAGACGCAUCUGUGUUCAAUAUGUGGAAAGAUUUAGUGAAAACACGGUGUGAAGUAGACAUCACCAGCAAUUGUAUCUAUGAGCUGAACCUCAAUGAGGUCAACUCCACAAUUAUGAAAAUGAAAGGGCCCCAGACACUCUCAGCCUGCAGAUAUCUGCCAUCCUUUGGCUCCAGUUCUGUCCUCCUGAACAAAAAGGACGAAGAACAGAUGACAGUGUUGAACAUCCUCAGUGAGAAUGAGUGUGAAAACACAGAAAUUGAACUCAGUAAUUCUUUUCUGGAGUUUAAGAACAAAACUGAGGAGGAUUUUUACAGAGGGGGGAAAGUAACUUGGUGGAACUUCUACUUGUCUGAGCAGCCAGGGUGUCUCCCAUUCAUCAAACGAGACAAAUAUGAAGAGCUAUAUGACCUGAUCACACCACAGGAAGGGUACAAAACCACCUGUGUGAUAAUCAACUUGUUUCACCACCCAGGCUGUGGAGGAACUACACUGGCUAUGCAUGUCUUGUGGACCUUGAGACGGAAAUUCAGAUGUGCUGUAUUAAAAAACAAUGAAGUCCAGAACACUGAAAUUGCUGCCCAAGUCACAAAGUUACUAACCUAUGGAAAAGGGCAGCAGACCAGUUAUGUGCCUGUUCUUCUGCUGGUCGAUGAUUUGGAAGAUGUUGAAGACCUGCAUCGAUGUGUACUUCUUGCUGCACAUGAAAAAAGAAAUGGAGACAGUCUAAUGGUCAUAAUACUAAACUGCAAGAGAUCACAGUUCCCAGAUGAUUGCUCAAGAAACAGUCGAAUCCGCAAUGUUUUCAUUACCAACAAGCUCUCCCCCAAGGAACAGAGCUUCUUUGAACAAAAACUGAGAGACCUUAAAAACAAUUAUGAAAAACCUGAGACAUUCUAUGCUUUCAUGAUCAUGACCAAUAAUUUCAGUGAACAGUAUAUUGAAGACCUUGUCCAUAACACUCUCGUAGGUCUUGACAUCACCAGCAAAGCUGGACAGCUCCUGUCAUUUUUAGCCCUGCUAAAUACAUAUGUGAACGGCUCCUCUAUGUCACUGUCCCUGUGUGAGGAAUUUGUGAGAAUAAAAAAUGCUCUCUGGGGUAAAGAAACUCUGGAGAAAAAAAUGAAUCCAUACUUCACACUUCUGAUCUGCUUCUCUGUUGAAGAAUGUGGGACCUACCAGGCAGUCCGAUUUCUGCAUCAAAUGAUUUCUGACAAAUGCCUUAAAGCCCUUACAAGUACGUACAACCUCAAACUAAGUGAAAUAACAACCAAUCUCCUGCAUUGUGACUUGCUCUACAAAUCGGGCAUGGGCAAGGAUAUCCUCAUCCAAAAUGUCCUGAGUAUGCUGAUCACACGGCAGCACAUAGAAUUCGGAGAUCACAAAAACACGCUGUUUUCUCCUUUGAUUGAAAAAAUGCAGGAAACAGAAGGCACUACCCAAAUCAAAGAAGUUUUGAUUGAAGCCACAAAGAGAUUUGAAAAAAAUGCAACCGUGCCUCAAGCUCUAGCAAGGCAUUUUUACAUAACAGAGAAGGAUUUUACAUCAGCUUUAGAGUGGGCACAUAAUGCUCAGCAAAAGAUGUGCAAUUCCUACAAUGCUGACACAGUGGGACAGGUCUACAAAAGCUAUCUCAAAUAUGAAAUUGAACUUGCUGAGAAGCAGUGUAAAAUCCUUACUCCUGAAGAUUUGGAAAGGUACGUGGACCUUGCAUCCAAGGCAACAAAAGCAUUUCAAGAUUCACAAGAUCUAGCACGCAAAGACAACUCAUUUGAUAGCUCAGAUCAGCGCAAUAAGAAGCGUCCGAGAACCUACAACACCUCCGGGUAUGUUGGUGAAAUAGAUGUGGGAAUGAUUAUCUUCAGUGUUCUCCAGAAAAUCCCCUUUUUCAAUGAAAGUGAUCAAGCAAGUCAGCAGAAAAUGUUGAAUUUUCUCAAAAAUACUUUGCCUGUCAGUCAACUCCAUGAAGACGAGGCAAAUGAAGAUUUUGUUGCAGUGCUAAAGAGGAAUGAGAAGUUUCUUGUUAAUAUAAAGCCUCGUGUCAAGGAUGGAUUCAUAUUCUUUGAAAAUUGUUUCACAUACCUGAAGCCACGGUCCAUUGAGAGGGAGACUGCAGAAGACAGAAAUAAAAAAAAGGUGUCAAAGCACUACAAAGAAUAUGUCAAGCUUUUCUGCACCUCAGGAGAGGAGAAAGAGUCCGAGAGGACCAGCCAACCAAAACUGAGUUUACAACAAAAGAUUGAGGAUGCCCGACAGUAUUUAGAAGGAAAACGUGCAGAUACAUUUGCAGGACUUCUGCAGUGCCUGAAUGACAAGAGUGGCAUGGAAAUGGAGAAGAUCUUUGAAAAACACAACUUCAUAUAUGAGAAUUCCGCACGGAAAACAUUGAUGAACAAGACAAAUUUUAUCUUGGCAAACAUUGUUCUUCACUGCAUCAAGCCAAGCUCUAAAGUGGUAAAGAAGUACGAGGAGUUAAUCAAACUUUUGAAUGAUAUUUUACAAGAGGAAGGAACCCAAUCUAAAAGCACAGAGCUCUACUUCCUGUCAAUGUUGCUGCUUUGGCCAAGAAGAGAAAACACAAUGGAAGACAUUAAAACAUCGAAAAACAUCUGCAUUUACGUCUCAUCAAUUAAAAAAUCCUUCCACCGAAGGUACUCACGCCUGUUAUAUGCAAAAAGUGCUAUGGCUCACUUCUACCUGGGGAAGUCCAGAGGUCUGAAGAGGAUUGUUCACAAAGGGAAGCUCGACCAACGCGUGAACAGAGAACAACACUCCAACCCGCACCACCUCUGGCAGAGUGGAACAAUAUGGAAAGAACCAACAGUCGAAAGCCUGCUUCUGCGUGUGACAGGUAUCACAGAGAAUGAAGCCAUCUAUGUCCAUUAUCCUGGAAAUCUCAAAAUUCCAGUACGUCCAGUUUACCUCGGUGGUGUCCGCAGUGGAUGCAGUAUGGAGAAAGUUUCUUUUUACCUUGGUUUCUCCAUGGAAGGACCUGUUGCUUAUGACAUAAAAUAUAUAAAUGAUCCGUAAGCAAAUUACUGUCAUGAUGAGAUGAGGAAUGAUCAAGAUGAGUAGUAUUUUUUUUUCCUUUCGUAGUUAAAAGUUAUUAACCCAGAUUUUUUAUUUUUACUCUAAUUUGGAAUUGACUAAUAGUAACUGAACCUAUAAUUCAGAUCCAUGAUUGUGACCUUGGAAACCAUACAAGCAGUAUGCUACAUAAAUUCGGUUUGGACAUGCGCCAUGGACUGUGUCCUGGAUGGACUUCACAUCGCAUAAAUAAGGUACAGAUGGAUGGUCAGACAAGUCCUACCCACUAAUGGCAAUACUUUCCUAUUAGAAAGCAUCAAAGGCUUGGACCAAAAAUGGGAAUAAUGGUAUAUUUUUCCAUGAUCCAUCUGAAGUUAGUGGAAAAUGGGGGACAUGGAAGCCACAGUUGAGACUAGUAUAAUUGAGAUUUGAUAUUUGACUGUGGCAUCCCUUGAUACACUAUAACAGUACCAACAGGAUGCAGAACCCAGCAGACUCUCCAAAAUGCUAAUUUCUUAAGUUACAGUUGCAGAGCUAUUUUCCACAAAAACCAACAAGAACAAAGAAAAUGAUGAGAGAUGGUCACUGUGUGGAACAGCCUGCCAGGUCACACAGUAGAGGCAGAAACUCUGGGGAUUUUCAAGACCAGCCUUGAAUUGGUGUUAGAUGCUACCUACUCUGUAGGUAAUCAGGGCACUAAAUUAGUCAGGAAAAUGGCGAGCAUUGUUGGGUUGAAUGGCCUGUUCUCAUCAUUAUGUUAUGUUACCUUAUGUUAUGUAAUGCUAUGUUAUCCAUCCAGCACAAUAUUGUACUUUGUAUCAUUAUCUUGAUGUUUUAGCUUGUCAUGCAUCCUAGGUUUGACUUGGCAUAUGUCAGAGUAAUCAUUACUGUGUGAACUGGACUCAAUGUGUGCAUGGUAAUGAAUAACUGUCACAAAAUGAGUAUUGUACCUUAUCGGACCUUUGGUAUGCA